GGCUCUCUUCGGCUGAGCUCGGCCGCGGCCCCGGAAGGGCGCCCAUGGAGCCGGUACCGCCGGCUCGGCCGACCGCUAUGGCGCCGCUGCUGGAGUAUGAGCGGCAGCUGGUGCUGGAACUACUGGACGCGGACGGGCUGGUAGUGUGCGCCCGCGGGCUCGGCGCGGAUCGGCUCCUCUACCACUUCCUCCGGCUGCACUGCCACCCCGCGUGCCUGGUGCUGGUGCUCAACACGCAGCCGGCCGAGGAGGAGUAUUUUAUCAGUCAGCUGAAGACUGAAGGAGUGGAACACCUCCCUCGUCGUGUAACAAAUGAAAUCACAAGUAACAGUCGCUACGAGGUCUACACCCAAGGAGGUGUGAUAUUUGCAACAAGUCGAAUACUUGUGGUCGACUUCUUGACUAAUAGAAUACCUUCAGAUUUAAUCACUGGCAUCUUAGUGUAUAGAGCGCACAGGAUAAUCGAGUCUUGUCAAGAAGCAUUCAUCUUGCGUCUGUUUCGCCAGAAAAACAAGCGUGGUUUUAUUAAAGCUUUCACAGACAAUGCUGUCGCCUUUGACACUGGUUUUUGUCACGUGGAAAGAGUGAUGCGAAAUCUUUUCGUAGGGAAGCUGUAUCUGUGGCCAAGGUUCCAUGUAGCAGUAAACUCAUUCUUAGAACAGCACAAACCUGAAGUUGUAGAAAUUCACGUUUCUAUGACGCCUGCCAUGCUCGCCAUACAGACUGCCAUCCUGGACAUCCUAAAUGCGUGUCUGAAAGAACUGAAAUGCCACAACCCAUCGCUCGAAGUUGAAGAUUUGUCUUUAGAAAAUGCUAUUGGAAAACCGUUUGACAAGACGAUCCGCCAUUAUCUGGAUCCCUUGUGGCACCAGCUUGGAGCCAAGACUAAGUCCUUGGUUCAGGAUUUGAAGAUAUUACGAACUUUGCUGCAGUAUCUCUCCCAGUAUGAUUGUAUCACAUUCCUUAAUCUUCUGGAAUCUCUGAGAGCAACAGAGAAGGCUUUUGGUCAGAAUUCAGGUUGGCUCUUUCUUGACUCCAGCACCUCGAUGUUUGUUAAUGCUCGAGCAAGGGUUUAUCAUCUUCCAGAUGCCAAAAUGAACAAAAAAGGCAAAGUGUCUGAAAAAACGGAAAUUGAACAAGUGCAAGAAACAAAAAAGGAAUUGGUGCUAGAAAGCAACCCGAAGUGGGAAGCUCUGACCGAAGUACUGAAAGAAAUUGAGGCGGAAAAUAAGGAGAGUGAAGCCCUUGGGGGUCCAGGUCAGGUACUGAUUUGUGCAAGUGAUGAGCGAACGUGUUCCCAGCUGAGAGAGUAUAUCACGAUCGGAGCAGAGGCCUUCUUGUUGAGGCUCUACAGGAAGACCUUUGAGAGGGACAGCAAAGCCGAGGACGUGUGGGUGCAAUUUAGAAAUGAGGACAGUGCAAAGAGAAUGGCGAAAUCUCACAAAAGGCCUAAAGACCCCCACAGCAAACAGAGGGCUGCCCCCAAAGAAAGGACUCUCAAGAAGAAGAAGCGGCGGUUAACUUUAACACAGAUGAUAGGAAAGCCUGAAGAACCGGAAGAGGAAGGGGAUGCCAAGGAAGGCUGUCCUGGAGACACGGGCAGUAGCCCAGACAGUUCCUUAGAAGAAAUCAAGCACGAGGAAUUUGACUUAAACUUGUCCUCCGAUGCCGCUUAUGGAAUACUGAAAGACCCGCUCACCAUCAUCCACCCUCUCUUGGGCUGCAGUGACCCCUACGCUCUGACAAGGGUGCUGCACGAGGUGGAACCGAGAUAUGUGGUUCUGUACGACGCGGAGCUAACGUUUGUUCGCCAGCUUGAGAUUUACCGGGCGAGUAGGCCCGGGAAGCCUCUGAGGGUUUACUUUCUUAUAUACGGAGGCUCAACAGAGGAACAGCGCUAUCUCACUGCUUUGCGGAAAGAAAAGGAAGCUUUUGAAAAACUCAUAAGGGAGAAGGCUAGCAUGGUUGUGCCUGAAGGGAGGGAAGGGAGAGAUGAGGGGAACCUGGACCUGGUGAGAGGCUCCGCGUCCACAGGCUCGCCCACCGACACGAGGAAAGCAGGUGGCCAGGAGCAGAACGGUACACAGCAAAGUAUAGUUGUGGAUAUGCGUGAGUUCCGCAGCGAACUCCCAUCCCUGAUCCACCGUCGGGGCAUUGACAUUGAACCGGUGACGCUGGAGGUCGGAGACUACAUUCUGACUCCAGAAAUGUGCGUGGAGCGCAAGAGCAUCAGUGAUUUGAUUGGCUCUUUAAACAACGGCCGCCUCUACGGCCAGUGUAUCUCCAUGUCCCGCUACUACAAGCGCCCAGUGCUCCUGAUCGAGUUCGACCCCAGCAAGCCCUUCUCGCUCACUUCCCGAGGUGCCUUCCACCAGGAGAUCUCCGGCAAUGACGUCAGUUCCAAGCUCACCCUCCUCACGCUUCACUUCCCCAGACUCCGGCUUCUCUGGUGCCCCUCCCCCCACGCCACCGCCGAGCUGUUCGAGGAGCUGAAACAGAACAAGCCGCAGCCCGACGCGGCCACGGCCAUGGCCGUCACGGCGGAUUCGGAAACCCUCCCGGAGUCAGAAAAGUAUAAUCCGGGUCCCCAGGACUUCUUGUUGAAAAUGCCAGGGGUAAAUGCCAAAAACUGUCGCGCCUUGAUGCACCACGUCAAGAACAUCGCAGAGCUGGCGAGCCUGUCGCAAGACAAGCUGGCGGGUAUUUUGGGCAACGCCUCGAACGCGAAGCAGCUCUAUGACUUCAUCCACACCCCUUAUGCCGAGUUUGUGUGUAAAGGCAAAAUGAGAAAGUGAACGAGGGCGGCCGUUUUCUUAUCCCGUGACUGUGAUUUCCAGCCACCCUGUCCCGGAAUGAACAGACCGAGAUGAAUCACGAGCUCAGAAUUCCGCUCUCUUCAGCACCUAACGACCGCGCAGUCCGCUUCUGGGGUCAGCGGAACACAAGCCCAGAUGCCCCUCUGGACUUUGUGUUUAGGCACUGAUUUUAACCUUCCCGUGCCGGCCCGCCUCCCUCCCUGCGCCGUCAGGGCCAGAGGCAGCGUGUCCCGCUCUUCGGUCAGGAGUCAGAAUCAGGCGAGGCGUCUUGUGGGGGCUUAUAGGAGGCCGCUCUUGACGCAAGCGGCAAUUUAGGUUUCCCACGCAGGCCGCUAAGACACACUAUCAUGUCCCUGCCCUCUUUGUUCAGGACGGGCCCCGGGACGCCGAGAAGGAACCUUGUCUGCCAUUCCUUGCCAGUUCUCACGCUCUUUUCCGCAAAUGCGCGCUUCCCCCUUUAAGAAAAACCCACGGGGACUUCCUCGUACUGACGUAAGACGUAAGAUGGCGCCCCGUGAAACUAGCUGGUUCCUCAUCCCCCGAAUGUGUGUGACGCGUACCAGAACUCGAUUGUGCAAAGCCAGCAGCUUUUAAACGUGAGAUGAAUUGU